ACGCCCUUUCGACGGGUCAAACGAGAAAGCUGACCCCCAAAGAAAACAGGGACAUCCUUGCGAUUACUAUGCGCAUGACAGAGCUAUUUGCUCUUGUGCCUCCGCAAAGGCAGCCAGCCAUGUCUAACCAAGUCAAGCAGAUCAUUCUCUUACUAAGUGAAGGUGGCACGCGAUGGCCUCUUCUUCGCCGAGAGGAAUAUCUUGCGAGCGGUGCCGACUACACCGCAUCCGACCUCAGCAAAGUUUUACCAACCGACACUCCAGGUUAUGAGCUAUCCCUAGGCGAAGAUGGGAUUGCCACUGCUGAGUUGCGAGAGUGGUUUGCAUACGAGCUUGAUCCACUGGAGCCACCCUCUAGUACCGAUUCUCCGGAUCUAGUCAGACAGCAACUCCUGAAGGCUGUUGAGAGCUUGAAGAAGCACACCGGUCCAGCCAACACGGACCAGUAGGCGACAGCAUAUCUACAAGGUCUGGGAUCCUAUAGUAUAACCUGUAUCCGCAGAGCUAUCCGCACUUGCAGUGUCAGCAUAUGUACGAGCUUUCUGUAUACCAUAAAUAUAGCGCAUCAACUAAAUGUCACUCUAUAUGAC